AUGUUAAGAGGAGUGAGGUGGCGGCAUCUCGAGCAUGCACCGCCAGAACAGAACGGUGGAUCAAGACGCAGAGUGUUGAGUUGAGUUGGGAGUUCUGAGAAAAUGCACUUCAGCGAAAAUGAAGGGAUAGAAGGAAAGACAUUCUUGGUGACAGGUGGGCUGGGCCACGUGGGCUCUGCUAUCUGUUUAGACCUUCUACGACGCGGUGCUUACGAGGUUCGAGCCUUUGACUUGCGAACCACCUCUCCUUGGUCUCAUCUUCUCCACCACAAAGGCGUCGUUUUCAUUCAAGGGGAUAUUACGAAGAAAAAAGAUGUUGAAAGAGCUGUGCGUGGAGCGGAUUGUGUGUUUCAUAUUGCUUCGUAUGGCAUGUCAGGGAAAGAAAUGUUACAGCUUUCUCGAGUGGAUGAGGUGAAUAUAAAUGGAACCUGCCAUGUCAUUGAAGCUUGUGUUGAGUUUGGGAUCAAAAGGCUUGUCUAUGUCAGCACUUACAAUGUUGUGUUUGGGGGUAAAGAGAUUGUAAACGGAAAUGAAUCCUUACCUUAUUUCCCAAUCGAUGAUCAUGUUGAUUCAUAUGGCCGUAGUAAGUCAAUUGCUGAGCAAUUGGUUCUAAAGAGCAAUGGUCGUCCCUUUAAGAAAAAUAAUGGGCAAUGUCUAUAUACAUGUGCGGUUCGUCCUGCUGCUAUCUAUGGUCCUGGCGAAGAGAGGCACUUUCCAAGGAUAGUGUCCCUAGCGAAGUUAGGUUUGGUGCCAUUUAGAAUUGGUGAAGCGAAUGUGAAACAAGACUGGAUUUAUGUGGAUAACCUUGUACUUGCACUGGUAUUGGUGAGCAUGGCACUUUUGGAUGACAUUCCUGGUAAAAAGGGGCGCCCGAUAGCUGCUGGCCAGGCGUACUUUGUGUCUGAUGGGUAUCCAGUCAACACCUUUGAAUUCAUUGAACCUUUACUCAAAAGUCUGGAUUAUGACUUGCCAAAGUCUCGUUUAGCUGUUACUCGUGCUCUCUUUCUGGGGAAAAUUUUCUCAGUUUUCUAUUCCAUUUUGUAUCCAUGGUUGAAUAGAUGGUGGCUUCCUCAACCACUGAUCCUUCCAGCUGAAGUGUACAAGGUGGGUGUUACCCAUUACUUCUCUUUCCUUAAAGCUAAAGAGGAGCUUGGGUAUGUUCCAAUGGUGAGUCCAAGAGAGGGCAUGGCUGCGACCAUCUCAUACUGGCAAGAAAGGAAAAGCAAAAGUUUAGAUGGACCUACAAUAUACGCAUGGUUAUUUUGUGCGAUUGGAAUGUCUACACUGUUUUGUGCUGCGUUCUUACCGGACAUUGGACCAGUGCCACUCUUUAGAGCUAUCAGUCUUUUCUUCAUGCGGUCGAUUCAGACAAUAAGAAUGGUAUUCAUUCUUGCUGUAGCAGUACACAUCGUUGAGGCUAUAUAUGCUUGGUUCUUGGCAAAAAGAGUGGAUCCUGCUAAUGCAAGAGGAUGGUUUUGGCAGACUUUUGCUCUUGGGAUCUUUUCAUUGCGGUUUCUGUUGAAGAGAGCCAAGAAGUAAAGUCCAGAACUUAUAUAUGUGCUAUUGUAGUCUUAUGUAUUGUUGUAAAAAAAAUCUUGAUUUUGUGGUGAAAAGCAAAAAUGGACCAAAUUUGA